CUACUUAAAAAAUAAGUAAUCCAUGUAUCGUCAGUUUUUCCUGCCUCCGCUCAGAUCUUCGCCCGCCCGCUCGUCCGCCCGUCGCGACCCCUCUAUCGUCGUCCCCCCAACCUCUGUCGCGCACUUCUCCGUCAUCAUAGACGGCGGCAGCACCGGCACCCGGACCCACAUCUUCGCCGCGGGGCUCGUGAUGCGUGUCUCCUCGGGGCUCUCAUCCUUCGCCGCCGAGGUGGCGUGCGCAGGGGAGUCGCUGAGGCCGCUGAUGGGGUUCGCGAGGGAGAGGGUCGGGGGCACCACUGCGGAGACAGAGGUGCGGCUGGUGGCCACCGCCGAGCUGCCCCAACGCCAGCUCCAAGGCACCCAGCGUCCCCUCCUUCAACGCGCACAAUGACCCGGUCCUUCCCACCGUCACCUUCUCACUGCCCUCGACGCCCGCGUCCCGGCGGGAGCUCCGCCGCCGCCUCUCCCCCAAGCUCGCUCAGGUGUGCGCCACCUCCAAGCGCCUCAACUCGCUCCAGGCUCCCGCCCCUUCCUACGCGCUCUCCGCCACCGACCCCUCCACCCCACUCCCGCCACACCCGCCCGCAUCCAAGCACAAAUCCAAGAAAGGGGCAGCAGCGCACCUGCCCGUCUCGACGGCGGCACAAGCUCUACGCGCCCGUGUUUAAGAACUGUGCCGUGCUUCCCAGCAGGCUGAUGAAGCCCAAGCACAGCUGGGUGUUCAACAAGCCGGUCGACACUAUCGGUCUCGGUCUGCACGACUACCACACCAUCAUCACCAAGCCCAUGGACCUCGACACUGUCAAGUCCAAGCUAGCCGCCGGGCACUACAAGUCACCACGAGAAUUCGCUGGGGAUGUGUGUCUGACGUUCCAGAACGCCAUGACGUACAACCCCAAGGGGCAGAAUUUUGAUUCACUUAUGCCAAAUUUGAGAUGCUUUCCUUUUAAAUAAAUGAGCCAAUAUGUGAAAUUCGAUCACAAUGUCAUCCAUGACAGCAAAGAGGAAGGGCCAAGGAACAACAGUUUGUCCAAAAGGUGCAGGAAAUGCUUAUGGAGGAAGAGAACAAGAGGAUACAUAUUGUGCAAGGACUACCAUGGACUACUGAUGAGCCUGAGUGCUUGUUGAAGCCACCUGUCAAAGAAAGAACUGAGCCGAUCGACCUUGUUCUCCAUAGCGAUGUACGCGCAGUUGAACGUGUUAAAUUUGAUCAAUAUUGUUCUCAUCCUACCUGUGUGUUGCGUAUCACCCUCUUUGUGCACGUGCUGCUAAUCUUUGUGUUGAGCUUGAAGAUGAUGACAAAAUCCACCUCAUGUUACUUGAUGAGGAUGAGGAUCCAUGCAUUCGGCUACUCUUGUACUGCAAAAAGCACAGACAGCCAUCUGCUGAACGCCCAUCUCUAAAAAGUGACCCUGAUGAGCGCGCUCAGGUAGUUCAGACGAAUUUGGCUUCAUCAUCUGGUUGUGCAAGGACAGGUAAGAGAACAAGAAAUGCUAAUUCGGCAUGGAGUUUCUUAAUGUUCUCUGUACGCUAAAUUCGACUACGCAUUAAGAAAAUCACCUUAACUGUGAUCUUGAUUGUGGAUUUUAGUCUCCUGUUAGAUGUUGGGUUUGUCAUUCAGGUAUUUGUUGCUAUUUUGGUUUGUUGGUGAAUAUCCUUGUUCCCUUGUAGCAUCAUGUGACUUGAAGCUGCGUAGUUAUGCAUAUGUUGCGAAUUUAACAACUGUUUAUUUUAUAAAACACUUAUGGUUGCUCGUUAGACUAUCAAUACCAGACAGUAGAAAUCGGAGUAGACUAUAACGAUCUAUUUCGCUAAAUUUGCACUUUUUCAUUGCUACUAAGCUAACUUUCCUGAUUUUGCUACUACU